AAAACCUAUCGAAAAGUCUAUCGGAAAAUUAUCGAACCAGCUGGAAAUUUGCAAAUGUUUUUGUUCUUGAGAGGAAGCAGGAGCUUUACAAGGAUGUCCAUUCAAGCAGCCCUCAUCGAUCUCAGUGGCACCUUGCACGUGGAAGAUGAACCCACUCCGAAUGCGGUCGAGGCUUUAAAAAGAUUGCGUGAUGCUGGCGUCGCGGUCAAGUUCGUUACAAAUACCACAAAGGACUCGAAGGCCACUCUACAUGCAAGACUCUGCAGGAUUGGCUUCCAGCUGGACCCCUUGGAGAUAUACAGUUCCUUGAGUGCUGCAAUCGCGUUUGUGGAGAAUGAGAAACUGAAUCCGUACUACAUUCUGUCCGAUGAUGCUCGCCAGGAUUUUCCACCGGAGGAUACCAGGCGCUACAAGGAUUCAGUGGUGAUUGGCCUAGCACCUAAGGCCUUUAGCUAUGACCGGCUGAACGAGGCUUUCAAUGUCUUGUUGGAGAAUAAGAACCACAAACUGGUGGCCGUGCAUCAGGGUAAAUACUACAAGCGUGCCGAUGGACUGGCUCUGGGUCCCGGAUGCUUUGUCAAGGGUCUGGAGUACGCCACAGGACGAACCGCCAAAGUGAUUGGCAAGCCCAAUCCGUAUUUCUUCGAGGGAGCUCUUGCUGGCCGGGAUCCCGCCUCCUGCGUUAUGAUAGGAGAUGAUGCCUAUGAUGACAUUGUGGGCGCCAUGAGCGUGGGCAUGCAGGGAAUUUUGGUCAAGACUGGCAAAUACUUGCCAGAUGUCAAUCCAUCGCCACCACCAACAGCUUUGGUGGAAAACUUUGACGCUGCAGUGGAUUGGAUAAUACAGAAGAAUAAAUCUUAGACUUACAUAUUAUGUAUUUAAAUAAUUAUGAAAAGAAAUAGUUAUUGACGAAUUUUUAAUUUAUUGUAAUGUUCUAUAAGAAAUUACUAAUAUCAGUAGUGUUUGAGAAAUAAUUAAAUGUGCUUAAUGAGUUCAAU